GUAACUUCAGUUCAGCAGAGACUGGUUCAGACUCAGAUGAUGAGGACCGGCUCCAUAUCGUGGAGGACGACGCCCUUCCCAGCAUGCCCUGCUCUCCUGGGGGCGUGGACUGUGGCGACACCAACGGCACCACAAACGGCCUGGUGGCAGCAGUGAAACAGGAGUGCUGCUCUGAAGAAGAGGAUGACAGAGAGGGGGAGGAGCUAAUCCAAAGAGGAGACACGCCCAGCAAUGAUGAGAACGGAACUCCAGACUCAUUCUCCCAGCUGCUGACCUGCCCGUACUGUUCCCGUGGUUACAAGCGUCACACCUCGCUGAAGGAGCACGUGAAACUCCGUCACGAGCGGAGCGACGACAACUACAGCUGCACCCUCUGCACCUACACCUUCAGCCAGCGAGCCCAGCUGGAGCGCCACAUGAGCGCACACAAACACGGCAGAGAGCAGCGUGUGGUGUCUAGCGGUGGCAGGAAGUUUAAGUGUCCAGAGUGCUCCAAGGCCUUCAAGUACAAACAUCACCUCAAGGAGCACCUACGCAUCCACAGUGGAGAGAAGCCCUAUGAGUGUUCUAACUGUAGGAAGCGCUUCUCCCACUCGGGGUCCUACAGCUCACACAUCAGCAGUAAGAAAUGUGUCCCGCCCCCUGACACGCCCACCAACGGCACCCCGCGGCCAAUAGGAGGUGCCAAAAACAACCAGACCACACCCCCCAAAUGCCAGGCACCGCCCCCAACCCGUCUGCUUCUCAGGGAGAAAAUAGAGGCGGGGUCUCCGCAGGAGCAGCCGCCAAUCAAGCGGCUCAAAACGGAACCCGCUGAGGUGGAUGGUAAACAUGUUGUCAUGGUGACAGGAAGCGUGGCCCAGUCUCAGGUCACUGCCCCUCCCCCUCCUCAACAGGGCGUGGUCCAGGCUCUGGUCCUGCCCACCAUGGGUCUGGUUCAGCCAAUCAGCAUCAACCUCAGCGACCUGCAGAAUGCAUUGAAGGCGGCCGUGGAGGGAGGGGGCGUGGUCAGGCAGGUGCUGGCGGGUGUGAAUGGCUUGAGCGCUAAGGUCAUAGGUCAGGGGGGGGCGGGGCCACGCACCCAGACGCUGUUGGUGCAGAGUUCCCAGCAGCCUCAGCUGCUCUCCGCCUUCUCACUGCCCCUGCUGGAGCACGACGGUACCACCAAGAUCAUCAUCAACUACAGCCUCGACCCCGCCCUCACCCCCGCCCUGGCGCCCGCCGCCCAGACCGCCAGGCAGACGGGCGCGGCGGGUCAGACGGGCCGGCGGGGCAGACGGUGCCAGUCAAGCUGAGCCCAACUCAAGGCAGUGGCAGCGCCCCCGGUCCUGCCCAGUCGGUCACCGCUCUGGUUCCGCUCGGCCAGUCCACCCCCGGCGGCGGGACCCAGCCCGCCCCGGUCCAGAUCAGGCCAGCUCAGUCUGGUCUGGUCCAGCUCAGCUUGGUUCAGAGCGGCCCGGGACCAAACCCGGUGCUCAGGCCCGCGGCGCUGGCCCAGUUGGCCUCGUCGGCGCCGUGCGGCCCGCCCCCCCAGCUGCUGCUGCAGGCCCAGACCGGGUCCAGUCCCCGUCCAGCGGGCCCGGUCCAGAUCACCCCUCAGACCGCCGCUGCCAAACCCAACGCCUCGGAGCCGCAGGGGAACGCCUCGGAACCGCAGAACCCUGUGCAGGUGGUGCAGGUCAAAGUGGAACCGGCCGACCCAGAGAGUGCUGCCGGAGAGGAGCGAACAGAAGAGGAGGAGGGAGGAGGAGGAAGAGGAGGAAGAGGAGGGGAGCUCAUCCCAGUGCCCCCUGUGUGACGACGGCUGCCCCGACCCUCUGCACGCGCUCCAGCGCUGUCUCCAGGACAACGACCCGGAGGUGGGCGGGUCGGCGGGGGUCGCCGGGGGGUCGGGGGUGAGUGGGGGGGGGCGCGCGCCGCUGCGGAGCCUCCUGUAUCUGCUCAGGGCCUACAGCGCGGCCGCCAGCCCCAGCGAGGAGCAGCUGCGUGCGGCCGCCAGCGAGGCACGGCUCCCCCUGGUGGUGGUGCGCCGCUGGUUCUCCAGGAUGAGGAACGGCGGGCAGGCCAGCGUGGACACACACACACACACACACACGCUCAACGGCAACACACACACACACACACUCAACGCCAACACACACAACACACAAACCACACCCGCCGACGCUACUCAGGCAGUUUCUCUAGCCAGCCCGAGUAAGGACCCCGCGCCGUGCUCUGAGCCCCAGGACUGCCCCCCCACCCUGAGCGCUAGCCCCGGCCUCAUGGUGGCCUCCUCCCCCCCGCCCUCCUCCCCGUCCCCCCUGGACCUGUCCGCCGCAGGGCUGCACAUCGUGAAGACGGAGCUGGACUCGGAGGGCGAGAGUCAGGCGGAGCCACUGGACCUCUCCCUGCCGCGCCCGUCGCCCCCGCAAGCUAACGCUAACGAUGCUAACGCUAAGACUAGCGCCGGCGUGCAGCAGGAGCCGCUCAACCUCUGCUGCGUCAAGAAGGAGGAGGAGCCUGCCACGGAGCUGUUGCCUGGCAACAAUGACAACAAUAAUAAGAAUAACAGUAUUACAACUGUCGCCAUGGCAACGAAUGUUGCUGCCCCGGUCACAACAACGACAACGACCAUAUACCUGAGUCCGCAAACGGUGGCGCCUCUCAACAUCGCCGUGGCAACACGGCUGGUAGCCAUUGCCGACACGGGGUCUGUCUCCUGCCUGCCGACAGGUGUUGUCACAGCAACAGCCAAUCAGAAACGCACCAUUCUCAUCCCUCAGCUGACGUACACGUACACGCCCAGCAACACACACAGCGCCGUCAUCCUGAACGGAUGCCAGGAAGAGAGAGCUGACUCAGUUUCUGGUGUGUCUGUGGGGGAGGAGCCAAACGACACAGACUCCACCUCCUCUUCCAAAAAGAGGCGUGUCCAGGCUGGGCAGUACGCGUGCGAUCUGUGUGACAAGAUCUUUCAGAAGAGCAGCUCACUGCUGCGGCACAAAUAUGAACACACAGGUAAACGCCCUCACGAGUGUGCCGUGUGCAGGAAGGCCUUCAAACACAAGCACCACCUGAUCGAACACUCGCGGCUGCACUCCGGGGAGAAGCCCUACCAGUGUGACAAGUGUGGCAAGCGCUUCUCCCACUCCGGCUCCUACUCCCAGCACAUGAACCACCGCUACUCCUACUGCCACCGGGACGCCACCGCCACCGGCACCGGCCCCGGCCCCGCCGCGCAGCCCCUCACACACACGGAGGAGGAGCGCGACAGCGAGGAGGACGAGGAGGAGGAGGAGGACGAGGAGGAGGAAGAGGAAGAGGAAGGAGAGGCCAUCAGCCUGGACGACAUCCGAGUGGUGCGGGUGGGCGAGGAGGAUGAGGAAGGGAGCGAGGGAUGGGGGGAGGAAGAAGGAGAGGUAGAGGGAGGAGGAAGAGAAGAGGAG